GCGCUGGGUCGGAGGGCGCAUGCGCGCACCGCCGCCGCGCCACCAAGACUACAAAGCCCAGAGCGUCUUGCGGCAUCUCACGCAAACGUCUGCAGCUGGCUGUGGCCGGGGCAGCCAAGCCGGAGGAAGUGGCUGCCGAGGGCGUGGUUGUUCGCGAGCCUUGCGUCUGUCACUUGGGAUCGAGGUUGGGUCUGGCCCAGCCAGCCCCUCGGACCACCUAGCCCCGCGCAACGAUGAAUUUGGAGCGGGUAUCCAACGAGGAGAAGUUGAAUCUGUGCCGGAAGUACUAUCUGGGUGGCUUUGCUUUCCUACCUUUUCUCUGGUUGGUAAAUAUCUUCUGGUUCUUUCGAGAGGCCUUCAUUGUCCCCGCAUACACCGAACAGAGCCAAAUCAAAGGCUAUGUCUGUCGCUCAGCUGUGGGGUUCCUCUUCUGGGUGAUUGUACUCACUACCUGGAUCACCAUCUUCCAGAUCUACCGGCCCCGUUGGGGUGCCCUUGGGGACUACCUCUCCUUCACCAUACCCCUGGGCACCCCUUGACAGCUUCUGUACAAUCCUGAGGACCUGCUCAUUCUCCCAGAAUGGGCUCCGAUGUUCUAAACCCAGUCUCAGCCCCUAAAGACUUUUCCCCUCCCUGUGUACUCUGCUGACCUCCCUUAAUAAAGGACUCUAAUUCUCCUA